CCACGACGAGCUCGGCCGGGCGACAUCACGGCCAACGUCUCGCGAGGUAAGCUGCACGCCAGCUCAACCUUCACCAGCCCCUGUCCACUUUGCCUUCUGCACACCAUCUUAGGAACCCACGAGAACACUGUCGACGACGCCAUCUCCCCCAACUCGAUUGUCCACACAGACCCAUCCACCACCAUCACAAUGGUCUCCCUCAAAGGCCCUUCGGCUCAGGAACACGAUGGCAGUGGCCUGCGCAUCGGCAUCGUCCACGCCCGCUGGAACACAACCAUCAUCGAGCCCCUCCUCAAGGGCACCCUUGACAAGCUGAAGGCUUGCGGCGUCAAGGACGGCAACAUUGUCGUCCAGUCCGUCCCUGGCUCGUGGGAGCUCCCCAUCGCCGUCCAGAGACUCUACGCCGCCUCGCAGGUCCAACAGUCGCAUUCCUCUUCCGCCUCGGCCGGCGACCUGCUCGGCAGCAGCACGACCGACCUGACAGCCAUGUCCGCCUCGGCGACGCUCUCCUCGCAGCCUUUUGACGCCAUCAUUGCAAUUGGCGUCCUCAUCAAGGGCGAGACCAUGCACUUCGAGUACAUCUCGGACGCCGUCUCCCAGGGCCUCAUGCGCGUGGGCCUCGACCUCGGCAUUCCCGUCAUCUUCGGCGUCCUCACCGUGCUCAACGACGACCAGGCCAAGGCCCGCGCCGGGCUCACCAGCGGAUCGCACAACCACGGCGAGGAUUGGGGUCUGGCUGCUGUUGAGCUUGGCGUCAAGAGGGGUGCCUGGGCUCAGGGCAAACUAGAGUAGAAGCAUCAGAGAACCAAAGAAAUAAUCCAAAAAGAAGCAAAAGCCAUAGAAUUUGCUCGAGUUCCAGCAUCACGCUGCUAUUUGGGUCAGAAGACGCAAUACUUGAGACCAUUUACACCCUAAUUGGCAGCGGGCACGCAGUGAGUCGAGAUAUAGCACACCGAAGUACGCAGUGGAUGAAUGCGUCGGAAUUGUCCUGAGUAGGCCCGCAUGGACCGAGGCCGUUUCUGGGAAUCGCGAGCAAGACAAAGCCCUCCAAGCUUUCACGGCGGGCAACACUCGCCAUUGGAAUCAUUUCUUCCAACCAGCUGUCAAGAAUAAGGCGUGGCAAGCAUGCUU